UUUGCAUUCCUAAAUAACCCUAACUCUCAUUCAUUUUCAUAAGUUUGUAAAGAAAAGAUUUUGUAUACUUGGAGGAUGGCCCAAAAAAUGUUUCACUCGAACCGCAACCCAACUCGCCUAGCCGCGUGUUUUCUGUUUGGUUUUCCAGCCCCAUGGUCCCUCCUCAUUCCGGCUUCUGUCCGAGUCACACCGUGGCUACCUCUGAUACACCUUUUCCGCCGUCGUGCUCGUUAUUUCCCGGCGGAUCCGGAGGGUGCAUUUGUUAAAGACCUGUCUUGCUGUUUAAGGUUGGACACAUUUGCUUUGGAAGUCAUGGGCAGCACAUUUAAUCCUCAGAUCUUAGUGGAUAAGCUGGCUAAGCUCAACAGUUCACAGCAAAGCAUCGAGACUCUAUCGCAUUGGUGUAUUUUUCACAUGAAUAAAGCAAAACAAGUUGUUGAAACCUGGGAACGCCAAUUUCAUUGUUCCCCACGUGAGCAGCGUUUGGCUUUUCUCUAUCUUGCAAAUGAUAUUCUUCAGAACAGCAGGCGCAAAGGUUCAGAAUUUGUGGGUGAGUUUUGGAAGGUUCUUCCUGGGGCUCUGCGCAAAGUAAUUGAUAGCGGGGAUGAAUUCGGAAGGAAUGCUGCGCUACGGCUGAUUGGUAUUUGGGAGGAUAGAAAAGUAUUUGGCUCUCGUGGACAGAUUCUCAAAGAAGAAUUUGUGGGGAAACAGGGUGAUAGUAGCUGUAGAAUUGAGAAACCCUCUGGAUUCAGAUUGAGGCCGGUUGGAAAUGGACUGGACAAAGUAGUUUCGUGUUAUCAGGUGCUAUAUGGUGGCCAACUAGAUGAGGAUGCUUUACUAACUAGAUGUAGAAAUGCAAUAAACUCAAUUGAGAAAAUCGAUAAGGCAAUUGAAGGUGACCUUAAUUCAGGACACAUUCACGAAUCUGGAUGUGCACAUGAGCUGAAGGAGCAGCAGGAAAUUUUGAAGGAUUGCAUUGAGCAGCUAAUAACUGUUGAAGCAUCUAGAUCAAACCUUGUGUCGCAACUUAGAGACACUCUAAGGGAACAGGAAUGUAAACUAGAUUCAGUCCGCAGUGAACUUCAGGCUGCUCAGUCACGCUCAGAACAAGCGUACAAUAUAGGCAACCGGUUGCAAAAUGGUGAUGACAACAUGCUGACAUUGGGCGAGCAAGGUUGGAGUAGUGGUGGUCCUCCUUUCCCCCCUUCUCAAACGACUCACAACGGAGAGCAAUCAGCUCCUGUAAUGUACACCCGCCAGUUAGAAAAGCCCGCUCUCCACCUUGAGGAAGAAGAUCCCAAGUCUGCAGCAGCAGCAGUUGCUGCCAAGCUGACCGCCUCAACAUCCUCUGCCCAGAUGCUGACCUAUGUCCUCUCUUCUCUUGCGUCAGAGGGCGUAAUUGGAAAUCAAACGAAAGAUUCCACCUGCAACAAUUAUUCUCCUGCUGAGAAGAGGGCAAGACUGGAAGUCGAAUAUGUUCCAAAUGAACAACCUCCUCCCCCGUCAUCUCCCCCGCCACCUAUGCCCCCUCUACCCCCCAUGCAACCCUACCCUCCCUACCUGGAAAACCAGAGUGCAGGUUAUAGUUAUCAACAGGUCCUUCCUCCUAUCAAUGGACUAUUGCCCUUUUCAGCUCCUUCGGGAAAUGUUUUUCAGGUUUAUCAUCCAUCUGAUGGUACUUUCUACGCUCCUCCACAACCGGCCUUGCCGAUGGCCCAUCCGGCAGCCGGCAAUAAGAUGUGAUAGAAGUGUUUGUGUGUGGAGUGUGAGGACAAAUUGACGUUAGGAAUUUGAGGAUGUAUCUGUUUUGUCUUGUCUGACAUAUAUAUACACAUUACACAGACACCCAUUAUUAACUUCUUUUAUACUUACUGAACUGGCGGACAUAGACUAGAAGUAAAUAUUUGUAGCUUGUACUUUGUAUUGUUUUCAUAUUGUUGUACUUGAUAGUUUUUUAAAUGGAAACCGUAAGUCCGUAAUACUCUAUAAUCUAUAUAUCCAAAAUAAUUGUAGCCACAACAACUAACAAUUCAAAUGAUCGAUGUACAUUUUCGUGUUGGCCAUG